CUGAUAACGUGAUGUGAUAACAUAAACAUAACCUAUCAACAACUCUCAAGCUCUCAACCUCUGUUUUCUGUUUUGACUUUUGAAUUCUUGAAAGAUUUUAUUUUAUUAUUCCUUGAUUUUUAUAUCUAAUUGUUUGUAAUGAUAAAUGAAAAUUGGACAUAAUUCCUUAAUUAUCAAUAUUGAUUUCAUUAAUUUGUUGCUUGUUAUGUAACUAUCGAUUUCAGACCAGGGAAGACAAGUUUUAAAAAUUUCCACCAAAGUAAUUUAGAGUUGAAAGUGGACAAAAAUAAUAUUAUUAGGCAAGAAUUAUUUCUCUUUUAAACUUUUGUUAAAUCUACUAAUUUAGUGCUUAACAAGUUUUUGUAAGGUUGAUUUUAGCUCCUAUUGUUUUAGUGUGGGUUUAGAAUCAAAAAUGAAAUCUAUUUUGAUCACUGGUUGUAACAGGGGUAUCGGUUUAGGAUUUGUACAGCAUUUACUUAAAUCCGCAAAUACAGCAACAUCAAAUAUAUUUGCAACAUGUCGAAAUCCUCAACAAGCAAAAGAAUUAACAGACCUAGCACAGAAACACGGCAAUCUCAAGAUACUUCAGCUUGAUGUGAAAGACUUUGACAGCUACAAGGACGUUGUAAAGCAAGUGCAAGAUGUGGUUGGGGAUGCUGGUCUCAAUUUGUUGGUCAACAACGCCGGAGUUUCAUCGAAAUUCACCAGAGUCAAUUUGGUUAAAGCCGACCAGAUGACUGACAAUUUUCUAGUCAAUAGUGUUGCUCCACUCAUGCUUACAAAGGCAUUCAUUCCUCUUCUCAAGCAGGCUUCAAAAGUGAACGAAUCGCUACCACUAGGAUGCUCCCGAGCAGCUGUAGUCAACAUCAGCUCAAUCCUAGGCUCAAUAGCUGAAAAUCAACAGGGCGGCUACUAUCCUUACAGGUGUAGCAAGGCUUCUCUAAAUGCCAUCACACGGUCGUUGAGCUUUGAUUUGAAAGAAGAUAAGGUACUUGUUGUGAGCAUUCACCCAGGCUGGAUCAAGACGGACAUGGGCGGCAAGCAAGCGCCUUUGGAAAUCGACCAAGCUGUUCCUCAAAUCAUACAGCUAUUCAACACCAUGUCACAAUCGCACAAUGGUGGAUUUUAUCAGUACGAUGGAAAACAGUUGCCUUGGUAGUUUUACAUAGAUUUAUAGAUGUGUAUUAUGUGUCAAAUAUUUUGUAAAUAUUUCCGUCAAAAUAUACAGUUUUUGUUUCGUCUUUUUCUCUUUAGGGCUACUUUAGUGAUUACUAACUUGUUGUGAUUGAAUAAUUUUAGAAAUGGUA